UGAUACGGCAGACAGAGAGGAGUAAUUUGGUCCAGCUGUGUUUGUAGCUUGUUUCAUUGAUAAACAGUGUGUUACACGAAAAGCAUUAUGGUGGAGAAGUUAUUGGAUUCAAAUUCGAAAUAAAACCGCGGAUUCUAAACAUGAAGUGUGUCGCUAGGAGAUGAGCCAUGCAGCUGAAGUUGAAUACUGCAGUCCUGUUGCCAGGGACAAUAUGGACAAAAUGGCUGAUAUGGCUCACCACAUUCUCCAUAGCAACAUUUGCUGCGGCAACAACAGAGACCUUCAGAUUGACCAGUCUUCACUUCACACAGGAUCAGUACAAUGUGACUGUUCCAGAAAAUUCUCUAGGGAAAACAUUUGUGACUCCAGCUUCAAAGAUGGGGAUUUAUGUACCAGAAAAUAUUCCGGUUAAAAUAACAUACCAGAUUCUAGAUUCAGAAGAUGAUUUAUUUAAAGUUGAGGAUCACUUGGUUGGAAAUUUCAAUUUUCUGUUAAUCCGAACACAUUCCGGUAGUUAUGGGAGACUUAAUCGAGAAUUUAGGUCCGAAUAUCAUCUUCGGAUUAAAGCUAUUGCACAAAGCAAAGGCGCAUCAUUUGAAAUGACAACUUAUGUUGUUGUUUACAUAUCGGACGUGAAUGAUCUUCAGCCGCUGUUUGACUACGACUUUUACAAUGUCAGCGUGCGCGAAGAUACACAGUUACACACAAGCAUUGCGCGAGUAUCUGCAUAUGAUGGAGAUGAGGGCAUCAAUGCACAAAUAUAUUAUAGUUUUGUCCAAAGGACCAAUGUUUUUGCCAUUCAUCCAACUAGUGGCGUAAUUUCUUUAACGAGACCACUGAACUAUUACCUUCAAAAGGUGUAUUCGAUUGACAUGUUAGCACAAGAUCGUGGCCCAGUUCCGCCACAGACUUAUAGAAAAAGACCAGCUAAAUUACAAGUGAAUGUGUUAGAAGUGAAUUAUUACCCACCAAACAUAUCUAUAAGAAAAUUGCCAAAUUUAUUUGAACCCGGACAAGAAGAAAUAGUUCUAGCUAUUGUAAAAGUUAAAGACAGAGAUAGAGGGGAAAAUGGAAAAAUUGGGUCAGUUGAAAUUGUGAAGGGGAGUCUGGAUGGAGCUGUUACUUUACAUAAGGGGGUGCAAGAUGGAGAGUACAGGGUGAUACUUAAACCAUCUCGGAAAACUUCUGUGCCUACCCCAGGUUUUAAUGUGACCUUGAAAGCAGAGGACAAAGGUCAACCUCAAUUAUCAGCCAAUGAAACAUUUUAUGUAAGUGUAUUUGAUACUAGAGUGGUUCCAAAGUUUUCUAAGUCAGUUUAUAAUGUUUCAGUGGAAGAAAUAGCCCCUGUUAAUACCCCUGUAACAUUUGUUAUGUCUGAACUUUCUCCAAGUAACUUUGAUGUGAGAUAUGAAAUAGUGGACGGUAAUCAGGAUAAUUUGUUCAAAAUAAACCCUAUAUCAGGCCUAGUUUCUACCUCAACUCUUAUCAAUGCCGAAAAAGUCAAAAACGUUCAGCUCAAAGUGAUUGCGUAUGAUGCGGUGAAUAUGCAUCAUUCAAACAGUGAUUCGUGCAUUGUCAAUAUCACUGUGAUAGAUAACAACGACAAUGCUCCCCAGUUCGACAUCACAGACAAUGUAUCUGAGAUAUAUAUCCAGGAAAACCUGCCAGUCAGUUCAAGCAUUUUCAAAAUUAGUGCCACUGAUAGAGACCAAAAUGACAAUGGUAAAAUUAGCUUUUCAGUAACAAACAGCCGUCAUGUGCCAUUUGAAAUAGAGCCAUUUACUGGUAUCAUAAGAACAACUGAAGUACUGGAUUACGAAACUAUGAGGCUUACAUAUAAAUUGAAUAUUAGGGUUUCGGACUGGGGUACCCCAUACCCUAGAGAAGAUGAAAUGACUUUUACGAUUAAUCUACAAGACAUCAACGAUAAUACGCCACAGUUUGAGAAAAAGGAUUGUUCGGGAUAUGUUUCACGCGAUGCUCCAGUCAACACUGAAGUAGUAAUAGUUGCAGCAAUAGAUUUCGAUGUAAAUGAUAUAAUUCAGUAUCGAAUAAUCGGCGGAAAUGGUGAUAAUUGUUUUGGUUUGCAUCGCGAGUCAGCUAGAGUCUUUCUGAACUGUUCGCUCAGGGAUAUGCCAGAUGAAAAGCGAUAUUUGCGUAUCGUUGCUCAUGAUGGAAUCCAUGAAUCUGCACCUGUUGAUGUUGAAAUAACAUUGGUUAAUUCAAAACAAAAUUCGCAGCUUUCAAACAGCCUUGCCAACAUCCAGUGUCAAAAAACAGAUAUAUUUCAAAAGUUGCAAGAUCUUGUGAUAAUGUCAAGGCAAGCUAACACUCAAACAAAUUAUGGAAUUCCGGAAACACCUGUGGUGGCACCAGUCAACAAUCCACCUGAAUUCAACGACACCGUUCCCACUAGUCUUGAAGUGUCAGAAGGAUUAGCCAUAGGGACAGUACUUGCUAAAAUUGAAGCUGUAGAUUUCGAUCAAGGAUAUAAUGGAAGACUCGUGUAUGUCGUAAGAUAUGGAGAUAUUGGCGGUCAUUUUAAAGUUGACAUGUACACUGGUAAGCUAAUGGUAAUGUCUAAACUGGACAGGGAAAUAAGAGAUGAAUAUGACUUAUUAAUUGAAGUUUCAGAUCUAGGUAAACCUUCCUUGUCAACGAAUACUUCCAUCGUUGUAAAAAUUCUAGAUGAAAAUGAUAAUGCUCCCAAGUUUGAGCAGGAUGUAUAUUCUGUCGUAAUUUCAGAAAAUAUCAAUAGAAAUGCUACUGUCACACAAGUUUCAGCUUCUGAUAACGAUCUCGGUAAAAAUGCAGAAAUUACUUACACAAUUGUUUCCGAUACCGACCAUUUCUUGAUAAAUCCAAACAAUGGCAUGAUUGUCGUUAACAAACCGCUUGAUCGCGAAAGGCAUCCGGUUUAUACUGUUCUGGUUCGAGCUUCUGAUAAAGGUGAACAUCAGAUUAGUUUAAGUUCAACGGCAACAGUUCUGGUUGAACUAACUGAUAUAAAUGAUGUAGUCCCUGAAUUUACGCCUGAUUUAUACAGUGUUCGAAUCCGUGAAGAUUUGCCGCUUGGAGCUGUUGUUACCGUAGUCACAGCUGCUGAUACUGACGAAGGCAAAAAUGGGGAAGUUCAGUACCAGCUUGUUUAUGGAGAAGAUUACUUCGAAAUUGAUUCCGAUACGGGAGUGAUCAGGAUAAUCAAAAGCUUGGAUUACGAAACUCGGCAAGUUCACAAUAUAAGUGUUCGCGCACAAGAUGGCGGAGUUCCAUCACUAAUAUCAGUGUGUUUCAUAAAUAUUGAAGUUGUGGAUGUGAAUGAAAAUCUGUUAGCACCAGUGUUUGAAAAUUUCUUUGCAUAUGGAUACGUCAGUGAGAAUGAGCCUGUCGGUACCACAGUUAUGUUUGUAAAAGCUUAUGACCCUGAUGGUGAUGGCGUAACGUACUCGAUACGAGAUGGCUCUGGCCUUGGAAGGUUCACAAUCGAUUCAAAUGGUACAAUAAGUACAACUCAAGUAUUAGACCGGGAAACAGCAACCCAUUACUGGCUCACAGUCUAUGCCCAGGACCACGGACUGGUUCCCCUUCACACAAGACAUGAAGUUUACAUAGAGGUCAAGGACACAAAUGAUCAUAUUCCUAUAACCUUUGACCCUGUGUAUUAUGGGGUAGUACCUGAAAAUGUUGAUGAAAAGGGAUUGUUUGUGACCCAGGUUCAAGCCUUUGAUCUUGACAAGAAUCUCAACCAGACGCUGACCUAUGACAUUACAAGAUAUGAUCCUCUCAACUUCUUCAAAAUCGAUCGCCACACUGGUGUGAUAACAACUACAGGUAAACCUCUAGACAGAGAACAGCAGUCAAAACAUCAACUUGAGGUGACAGUGUCAGACAACGGUGAACCACCCCUGACUUACCAGACUCGUGUAUUUGUCAAGGUGGAAGAUGAUAAUGACAACCGACCGCAGUUCAGUAAGCGACUAUAUCGAAUCCAAACCCCAGCCACGGAAUUCAUGGGCCUUGAUAUUCCAGUGUUCCAAGUUCUGGCAUGGGACGAUGAUGAAGGAGAAAAUGGCGAGCUGACGUUCGACAUUCGUAACUCAAAAGAUGACUCAACAAUUUUCAUUGUUCAUCAGAAGACUGGAAUGAUCUUUGCCACAAACAGUCUUGUAUAUGGAGAUAUCCAUCAUUUUGUGGUUCGAGCUUCAGACAACGGAAAACCUAAGCCAAGGAAAACAACGGUGAAGGUCAGAAUUGAGGUUGUAGAGAGAAUGAAAAAAUCUCCGAAUCCACCCAAGUUUACCUCUCCUUCCUUGAUGAAGUGUGUCAUGGAGGAUGACAAAGUAGGACACAUGGUAGAAUUACUACAGGCACAUGACAGGGACAGGGAUGAUCUCUUCUAUUCUAUCAUAGAUGGGGACCCACAGAACCAGUUCUAUAUUGGCUUAGACACAGGUGCUCUAGUGGUGGCCCGGCGGCUCGACUGGGAGGAGAAGAGUGUCUAUAAUCUCACUGUACAGGUCACUGAUGGAGUACGCUUUGAUAACUGCUCGGUCCAUAUAGAAGUUAUUGACAUCAACGACAAUGUGCCGUUAUUUGAAAGUACACAUUACGAGGGGAGUUUUCCGGAGAGCUCACCAGUUGGUAUGACAUUGCUGAAGGUCACGGCAACCGAUGCUGACAACAACAUGCUCAGAUACAAAUUGCCAGACUGUUGUAACUCUGCCUCUACCCGAGAUCUGUUUGCUGUAAAUGCCGAAACUGGUGAAAUUUUUGUCAAGAGUUCGCUUGACCAUGAGGUUGCCAUGCAACACAAUUUGACAGUCAUGGUGAGUGACCAGGGUAUGAGUCCAAACCGUAACUUUACUAGAGUUGCAAUCAAGAUCUUGGAUCACAAUGACCACCAGCCGGUGUUCCUGUCGAACAAGUUCCGUGGAAGAGUGUUUGAGACUGCGGCUGUUGGAACGUCCGUUGUUCAAGUAAUGGCCGUAGAUGAAGACAAGGGACAUAAUGCGGAGUUGACAUACUCAAUAGUAUCAGGAAAUGUUGGCAGUGUCUUCUCUAUUGACAGCAUGCUCGGGACAGUUACUGUUGCUAAGGAACUAGAUAGAAACAACAAGCCUCAUUAUGAGUUAGUUGUCAUGGCAACUGAUAGGGGAGACAACCCAAUGUCUAAUACAGCAACUGUCAUCAUUGAUGUUACUAUUUCCGACAACGCUCCCCCAAAAUUUGACAACCUUGAAUACAUGGCUGAGCUGCACGAAAACCAACCAUGGUUUACGAAUGUUUACACUAUCACUGCCAACUGCCGAUCAAGUGUCAUCUAUACUAUUGUUGCCGGGAAUGAGAAAGGCAUAUUUGCAAUAAAUCCGAACUCCGGUGUUGUUUAUACAAAGAAGUCUGUGGAUUAUGAAACUGAUGAGACCUUCAACCUUACGAUCAAAGCUACAAGUAUUAUACACUCAUCAGCCGAGACAAAUUUGCAUAUUCACAUUAUCGAUGAAAAUGACAAUGCCCCAGAGUUUAUUCAGGAAGAGUACAUUGGAAAUGUAACUGAAUCUGCCAAAGCUGGUACUAUUGUUCUAAAUGCCACUGGUGAACCACUAGUCAUUCUCGCCACUGAUAAGGACUCUGGUCUGAAUGCUGUACUGAUUUAUGAAAUAAGAGAUGACUAUGCCAAGAGCUACAUUACCAUCGAUCCCAAUACUGGUGCAAUAAGAACUGUAUCAGAAUUCGACCAUGAAGAGAUGAACAAAAUUGAGUUUUCCGUAGAAGUCUGGGAUAUGGGAAAGCCGCAGCAGAGGACAAAGUUUCCCGCCAAAGUCAUUUUAUACAUUAAUGAUGUUAACGAUACCCCACCAAAGUUCUCGGAAGAUAGUUAUAGCGCUGAAGUGUUGCUGCCGACGUACAAAGAUGUCAUUGUCAUUACUGCUGAUGCUUAUGAUGAAGAUACUGGAGUCAACUCAAAACUGAAAUAUUCUAUAAUUGAAGGAAACGAUGAUCAUAGAUUCAGGAUAGACAAAGACACUGGGUCUAUUUACAUUGUCAAUGAAUCUAACAUGGCUGACAAAUACAAGCUCAAAGUUCAAGUUGAAGACGGCAUUUUCAAAACGGCAACUGACGUAUUUGUAUCGGUAUCGCAACCAACAAGCAGUCCUUUCACAUUUACUCAUGAAGUGUAUGAAGCAAGAGUUAUGGAGAACCAUGCAAUACUGGACACUCUCACAGUAGUUCAGGUGGAAAACCGAGGCUUGAAUCAGCAGUUCUCAUACAGUUUACUCAAUGGCCGCAACAAAUUUGAAAUCGGCUUUACUUCAGGUGUUGUCACAACCACAGGUGUUGCAUUUGACAGAGAAGAAGUCAACAUCUACAAUCUAGUUGUAGAGGUUCGAGGAGAAACUGCACAAGGACUGCAGAGGGCACAUGCAUUGGUCAAGGUCACAGUGGAGGAUGAAAAUGACAAUGACCCAGUGUUUGUCCACCAGCCGUAUCAUGCUGUCCUGGUACAUGACUCGGUUCUUGGACAUGUUGUUAAACAGGUGACAGCAAUUGACAGAGAUGCUGGCCAGUUUGGUCGUGUGACUUACAGUGUGAAAGGUCGUGGUGACCUUGAUGACAGGUUCGCAGUUGACCCAAAAACAGGAAAGAUAAGCGUGUUCAGAACUUUGACCACUGCAGACAUUGGCAAGGAAAUUGUACUGUCUGUAGCUGCAGCAGACGGAGGCUCACCAUCCCACAGUUCUGAGACAACAGUAAAAAUAACAGUUAUUAGCAAGAAUUACCCAGUGUUUGACCAGCAAGUAUACCGUGCUACCAUACCCGAACAUUAUCCAGUCGGCUCCUCAGUUGCUAGCAUGACCGCUAAUAGUCCGACGGAAGAUAAAUUGAUCUACACGAUUAUAGAUGGUGAUCGUUAUGGGGACUUUGACGUCGAUUUUAAUAUCGCCAUGGAUGUACAUGGUCCAUGUUUGGUUACUGUGAGGGGAUUUAUAGAAUAUAACUCCAUACAGACUUACAAUCUCACGGUACAAGCAGUAGAGGUCAAAUCUGGUCUAUCAACAACCGCUGUUGUCAUAGUAACAGUACAGGAUAUAAACAACUUUCCUCCUGUCUUUGCGAAGGAAUUGUAUGAAGUAACAGUUUCUGAAGCGGCCUCAAUUGGUGCAUCUGUUCUUGAGGUAACAGCUGCUGACCCAGAAUCUGGACUGAAUGGACUGGUUCAUUAUUCACUUAUCACUGACAAAAAGGGAAGUAGAGAAGUUGACUGGUUUACAGUAGACUCUGAGACUGGUCUCAUAACAACUAAGAAAUUUCUUGAUCGAGAGAGACGGUCUGAGUACAGUUUUUUGGUUGAAGCAACAGACGGUGGUCAGCUGCCGUUAAGCAGUACAGCACUUGUAAAGGUGAAAAUUUCCGACCUAAAUGAUAACGCUCCAGUUUUUGACCAAGCGUCAUAUCACUGCAUAAUUACCGAUCAAGGUGAUAGGGGUCAACUGGUUACCAAGGUUUCUGCUACUGACCCAGAUACAAGCAGUGCCGGAUUACUGAGGUAUGCCAUAAUUGGCGGGAAUGAUCAGCACACAUUCCAGAUGGACGAGGACAAAGGCAUCAUUAUUCUGUCAAAACAACGGAAGCCAGAGUUUUAUCGUGUCUAUGAACUCAACAUAUCUGUCACAGAUGGCGUCUUUACCAACUUUGCCCGUGUUAGUAUCAAAGUGCAGAACAGUAAUAUUCAUUCUCCAAGAUUUAAGCAGAGUAUUUACGUGGCCGAGUUUCCAGAAAAUUAUGGUGAAGGGACGUUAGUGACGCAGGUAACAGCUGUAGAUGAUGAUGCAGGAAAUUAUGGAAUGAUUUCAUAUUCCAUACCAAGCGAAGAGAUGCAGCAGUUCUUCAGAGUUGACGCGGAUUCUGGAGAGGUAUUUUCUGUGCAAGUGUUGGAUCGAGAGCACCAGUCAGUGUUCAAUGUUCCCAUAGCAGCAACAGAUAAUGGCGGACGUAUGGCCUUCACAAAGUUACACAUCUCUAUAACCGACCAAAACGACAAUGUCCCACAAUUCCUAGCACAGGAAUACAAGUCAUCAUUACUAGAUACAACACCGAUCAACUCUACAGUUAUGAAGAUUCAAGCUGAGGAUGCAGACAGUGGUAAGAAUGGCAAGAUCACGUACAGCUUUGCUGCAGGGACAGUAAGUCGGAUAACCCAGAUGCUACAUAUUGACCCUGAAACUGGAGUUAUCACAACUUUGGAGUUACUCAAAGACUGUGUGAAUGAGAUGUUCCAGUUCUUUGUUGAAGCCAGUGACCAGGGUAGUACUCCAAUGAAAAAUAGUGUACCAGUCAAUAUGUGGGUCACGGACAAUUUCAAUGUUCAGCCGGUCUUUACACAGUCUGCUUAUUCCUUCUUCCUGCUUGAAAAUGAGGCUGUUUCCACGGUGAUAGCAACAGUCAAGGCUGUCAGCUCUCUAACAUUGGAGUACCUGAUAGUCCCAGGAUUUACGAAGAGCAGUAAUGCCCCUGCAAGGUUCGGUAUUGAUAGCCAAGGACGUAUCCAUGUGGCUGGGGGCUUAGACAUGGAAACUACAAGCGCUUUCACCUUAACAGUUCAAGCACAAACUCUUAGCAACAGACCGCUUGUCAGGCAGACGACAGUUAAUAUCAGGCUUAUGGACAUCAAUGACAACUAUCCGUACUUUGAAUCAAAUCCCUAUGUAGUUACUGUUCCUGAAAAUACAGAAUCUGGUAUCAACAUAGUUCAGGUUGUUGCGCAUGAUUUGGACAAAUCUUCAAAGUUUAGAUACAGUUUCGGUGAUGAUAUGCGUAAAUAUGCUCACCAAUUCAGUAUUGACUCAGUGACAGGAGUGAUAACUUUGUUGUCUCCCUUGGAUAGAGAACAACAAGAUUUGUACAACCUGACAGUUUGGGUCAAGGACAGUGAGAACUUAGCAGAUGCUCUUCAGAAUUUCACCAUCGUACAGGUCAAGGUCAUGGAUCAUAAUGAUAAUCCGCCAUUAUUUACACGUUCCUAUUACCAGGCUGCUGUGAAUGAAGACGCCUAUCAGGGAACUAUUUUAAUGACUUUAACAACUAUUGACAAAGAUAUUGGCCCAAACACUGAAACCCAGUUCUAUAUUAUUGAUGGGGACCCCGAAGGUAAAUUCAAGGUCCGCAAAAAUGGAGACAUUUUUGUAAAUCGUCCAUUAGACAGAGAGAUGGUACCAAGAUACCACCUUGUAGUUGCAGCGACUGAUGGUGGCUUUGUUUCCACGGCAACGGUGACUGUCGAUAUUCUAGAUGCCAAUGAUAAUAGUCCAGUUUGCGAAAAGCUGCAGUACUCGGAAAUUGUCAGUGAAGACGUGCAACCAUCUUGGGUAAUUUUGAGGUUAAAGGCUACAGAUGCUGACGAGUAUGGCUUUCUGCAUUACGAACUCAAAGGAGACCAUUCUGAACAUUUCUCCCUAGAACCAAACUCUGGUGCUUUGACAGCUGCUGUUGAUCUGGACAGGGAAACCAUUGAUACAUACCAUCUUAUAGCUAAAGCUGUUGACAGUGGCCGCAAGUCGUGUACGAUGGAUGUGACCAUUAAGCUGAGUGAUGUCAAUGAUAACAGCCCGGUGUUUGCCCCUGUACAGGGUCCAAUCCCCAUCAGUGAGGGAGCUGCACUUAAUACACUAGUGUACAGAGUGUUUGCAACAGAUGCUGAUUUUGGUAUAAAUCGACAAGUGAUGUACUCACUGAAGACAAACCCAGGCGGUAUGUUCAUGAUCAAUGAGAAGAGCGGAUUACUCCAGCUGGCUAAAGAGCUUGACAGGGAGACAACUCCUACACACAGGGUUACUGUGGUAGCUAAGGACAGAGGUAAACCACAAAUGUCAAGCGAGAUUGACCUUGAAAUAAACGUCCUUGACAUUAAUGACAAUCCACCAGAAUUUGAGCAGACGACAUAUUGGGCAUCGAUUCCAGAAAACGCUGUGAUUGGACAAUCAGUAACCAGUAUCCUAGCAACCAGCAAGGACACUGGGAUAAAUGCCAAGAUUUCUUAUUAUAUCCAGGCUGGCAAUGAUAAAGACAAGUUCACUGUUGAUCCAGAUACAGGUGUUAUCAGAACUGCAGGUGUGUUGAAUCACGAGACGGUACCAGGCUAUGUGCUGACAGUUCGCGCCCAGGACCAUGGAGAGGUGCCGCUUAGUAACACUGCCUAUGUUCAGAUCAAUGUCACAGACGUUAAUGACAAUCCACCAGUAUUUUUGCAGAAAUUGUACACUGCUAAAAUCAGAGAAGAUGCAAAGAUCGGGUCAAAGGUUAUACAGGUUAUAUCGUCGGACUUGGACAGUGAUCCACGUAACAAGGCAUCUAACUACAGUAUAAUAUCGGGCGAUCAGUUCCGAAUGUUUGAUAUACAUCCCUCAGAUGGUACCAUUGUAGUCCGAAAUCAUCUAGAUCGGGAAACAAUUGCCUCUUACGCACUGCAUGUGAAAGCUGUGAACUAUCACCUGACGGCAGAAACUGUUGUGAACAUCGAGGUCCUUGAUGCUAAUGACUCGCCACCAAUGUUUACUGAGGAGAAUUACACAGUAUUUGUACAGAUGAAUUCGCUCCUGUCAGAGGACAAAGGAGUAACGUCGUGCAUUUUGAAGUUUGAGGUCACAGAUGAUGACCUUGACCCUAAUGGUGCACCUUUUACGUUUGACAUCACUGAGGGUGACGGAGAAGGGAAGUUUCAAGUCCAUGAUGAAGGACAACUUUGUAUCGCUAGAAAUCUGAAUCGACAAGUGACUGCUGAUUACGAACUGAUCGUAAGAGUCUAUGAUAAUGGCACGCCGGCAAUGUAUUCUGACGUAAAAGUUGAAGUCAGCGUUAUUGAGGAAAGUACAUUUUCACCUGAGGUUUCGAACAUGGCAGUAUCCAUUAAUUCAUACCUAGAUGAAUUCCCAGGUGGCGUUAUUGGCGUUGUGAAAGCUGUCGAUGGUGAUAAAUUUGAUACUCUGGAGUACGAGGUAGUUUCAGAUAAUCGUCACUUAUUCGAUAUCGACAAAUUGGAUGGAAGAGUUCUUGCUUUCGCUGGUCUAGAUUCGGGAAAUUAUAUGAUCAACGUCAGUGUAACAGAUGGGAAAUAUACAUCUUAUGGAACAGUAAAUGUCGAGGUUACAUCGAUUACAGCUGAAAUGAUCGCAAAUGCCGUCACAAUACAGCUUAGUAAUGUGGAUGCAGAGGAGUUCGUGAAAAAUUACAAGCGAGACUUUCAGAGGGUACUAAAAAGGGAAUUAGGUGUAAGGACGAGGGAUAUUGAAAUCAUCAACAUACAAAAGUCCCAGAACUCAUUUGAAGUGGCCAGUAGGUCACGCAGGGAGACCAACUCGAACCUUGAUAUCCUUUUUGCGGUCAGCAGAAGCGGUGAAUAUAUUCCGAGGGAGAGACUGAAGAGAAAAGUUACACGCUCAGUUUCUGAACUAGAGGAGGCCAUGUCGGUCAAAAUUAUGAAAAUUUUCUCCGAUGUUUGUGAAAAGGACAUGUGUGAAGGUGGGGAGUGUGUGGGAUUUGUAGAGUUUGAUAAGGACAGUCUGGUUCCAGUCAUGAUGGAUGGAGGAAGCUUUGUUGCAGCAAAACAUAGAUACACGUACGAGUGCGAGUGUCCAAACGGCAAUAUUGGAGACAAUUGUCUGCCAAACCCUACCAGCUGUGACCAGAACCCAUGUCCUACGUACAAAGUGUGCACUUCUCAUCCUGUACAUGGGUAUCAGUGUUUAUGUCCCCAAGGAAGGACGGGCAGACACUGUGAGAAGGAUCUGGACAAUAAAUGUGACAAUACAAACUGCCCACGAGUAGGAGAUUCUCCGAUCACAUUCUCUGGGAACAGUUAUGCCAAGUGGAAGCUAGUGGACCCGAUUGAUCGCCGGCUCAGUCUGUCAUUGAGGAUAAAGACUAUCAAGGAAACUGCCAGUAUAAUGUUUGCGAAGGGAAGAGUAGACUACAGUAUUCUUGAGCUUGUGAAUGGAAUGGUCCAGUAUCGUUUUGACUGUGGGAGCGGGGAAGGCCUGGUACUUCUACCCAAUCAUGUCAGCGACGGCAAGUGGCACACUAUCAUGGUGGAACGCCAUGGAAAAGAGGCGGCCAUUUUCCUCGAUGGACAGUUUUCCUCCUUGACGAGUGCUCCAGGAACCAAUGAUGUACUAAACCUCGAUACAAGCGAUGUUUACUUUGGUGCAGAAGUUGAAAUGUAUGCAAAUGGCUAUAUUGAUAUUCGUAAGGGGUUCCGCGGCUGUAUUGAAGAUAUCAGGAUCUAUAAUGUCAGAUUACCGGUCUCCGGCAGUAACGCUGUGGCCCUGUCCCAAGACUUUGAGAAAGUUGAGUUCUCUUGCAGGGAUGCAGACUUUGCCAUCAAUGGAAAUAAUAUCUGUAGUACAUUCCCAUGUAUGAAUGGUGGACAGUGUGAGACAACGGGAAAGAACUCGUACAUCUGUAGGUGUAGUAGUGAUCGUUACCGUGGUGCCAAAUGUGAAAUAGACACUCAGCCAUGUCUUAGACAACCUUGCCUUAACAAUGGUGUGUGUGAAAAUGUUAUUGGUGUACCAAAUGAGUUUAUAUGCAAGUGUGUGGGUGACUAUAGAGGACGUAGGUGUGAGUAUGGGAAAUUCUGUCUACCAAACCCUUGCAAGCAUGGGGGCACGUGCAUCGAGGGACCAUCUUCAUUCAGUUGUAUGUGCCAGGUUGGAUUUACUGGGCCUCGAUGCGACUCUAUAGUGGACAUUUGUUUGUCAAACCCAUGUCAGAACCAAGGUGAAUGUAUACAAGAGGGAAACAGUUACUCGUGUAAUUGCUCAAAGUCAUAUAGCGGACCACAGUGUGAGGACAUCAUCCUCCCUACCAUCUCAUCAAGCUCGGCGGGAAUUAAUUCCGAUGAAAUUUACGCAAUCGCGGGAGUUGCUGGAGGUUUGAUUCUGGUUGUGAUCAUUUUCGUGCUGAUUCGUGUUUGGCGUCAGAAAAAGAGGCAGCGUCGCCAAGCCAACAUCACUCCUGGUAUCGCAGGUGACGGUACUGAAGUCUACCUUAACCUUCUUAAAGACGAUAAAAACAAGUACAAAGCUGAAAAUAUGCUGAAGAUGGAUAAAAUCAAUAAUAGAAAUAAAGCUCCACCGUCACCUCAGCCUCCACCAGUUCCCGAUCGCCCUGCGUCAUACACACCAAGUGCCAGAGACUCUAUAAAUACGUUAAACAAUUUCGACCAGUUAAGAAGUUGCACCUAUGGAAGUGCAGCAGACGACCUUGAACAUGUUCCAAACAUUCCACCAUACAAUUUAGAUUUUCUACAAACAUUUGCACCUCCCAGAAGUGUCGCUAGUAUACAGCCAACCAUACCUCCUCCACCACAGAGUGAUACAGAUUCCAUUCAAAAGGAACCCUGGGAAUUUGCGUGUCAAAAUAUUUUACAGAAUUAUAUGUCAGAAAAAAAUUCAGAUAAAAUUUCAAAGAUGAUGCCAAUAGGUACAGUACAGCCGAUGUCACAUCUCCAAGGUCAAGGUCAGGAUAACACGUCCCUCAGCAGUUUACCAGUCUCGGAAUCUGAGGACGACCAACAAGCCAAUAGGAAGAAAGGAAAGAAAGGUUACCACUGGGAUACAUCUGACUGGGCACCAGAAAAGUCUUUGCCAAAUAUAAGUGAGGUACCAGCUGGCGAAUGUCCAGAUUCACCUGGUUCUGAGAGUCCACACAGUAAUGAAUCUAACACACAUAUUGACAAUGUCGGACACGGCCGUUAUGUUACAGAUGGAGAAUAUGUUGACUCUGAAUACGUCGGCGAUUCUGAAUAUGGCGAACAUGACAUGGAGGAGCCUCCAGAUUUACCAAAUUAUGAGGAACUUCUUGCAGAGCAAAGUAGACUUCUCGAUGAUUAUGAAAUGCCAAAUAGGAACAUGCAUGUUCAUCCAGACUAUUAUCUCCCCUUGAAUUCGAGUUUUACAAGUGCUGACGGUCAAAAUGACGAUUCUUGGCCGGAACCUCCUCCUGCUUACGUUGUUAAUGGAGUUGAAGUAAAUAUAAGUGAUUCGAGUCACACGACAACAAGUUCUGAUGACGAUAAUGACUCAGUGUUGCAUUAUGGGUUCCCGCCAUCACAUUUUAACAACAUAAACAGGUUGUCAAUGGUUACGACUGACAGUGAUAUAAACGUAGACAAUAGGUUAUCAGCUGCGUACACAACAGACAGUGAAGUUAACGAUGGGGAAUAUAACCGAGGUUCUGUGAUUGACGAUAUGUCGGAUAUAUCUGGUCUUUGUGAAAUUGAGGACAGUGAGGUCAACAACAGUGACAGCGAGGAUGAGAACACACCGUUAACUACACAACGAAUACACACGGAGGUGUAGACUUAUACAUAGAGACAAAGUUUGGCUAUUAAGUUUUUGUUAAAGAUACAGAUUAUAAAACUAAGAUUUGUGACCAUUACAGGAAUAUUGUGUUAAAGAAAUCUUAAUUUUUACUGUGUAAAAAAAACUUGACUUACAAAUAAGCUAGUUCUUAGAAUUAUGAUACAGGAAAUUUUAGUGAUUUUAUUUUUUCGUGCUUUACGUGACAUCUAAAGGGUUGUGAUUUUUUGCCAUUACAUAAAUAUUGCUAUUUAUAAUGAGUAUGUGCUUAUUGUAAAGCAUAGAGUCAUACAUUAUACACUGGAUAAAAAGUGCUUCUGUUUUUAGCCAUUCGCUGUGUAUUUCAACCAAAUUUAGUCAAGUCGCCAUUGUCUAAGUCAGAAAAAAAUGUACACAAAAUAUAUACUGUACCAUUUAGAACUGUCUCAUACAGAAUGAUUUCUUUAUGAAAAUAAGUGGUAUUAAAUAACAUAGGCCCUUCUCCUGCCGCAAUAGGUGCAACAGCAUCGUGGCCUCUUUAAUUGGAGUACAAGCGUACUGCAGAACUUUUCUCACGUGGAAUAAUAUUUCAGUCUGAUAUUUGGUAACUAAGGACAUCGUAAGAUCAUCAUUGGCCUAAAUUUUUCUAACAACUUCAGUAAACAUAGUAAAGUUAAGUGAAAUUAGCCAAAUCAUAAAUGGUAUUUUAUUUUUGUACAAUAAACUAAAUUUUCAGCAAGUGUUGUAUUGAGACUUAUCAAUUGAUACAGUAGUAUGAAAAAAUUCUUUUUUUGUACUUUGGGGUAUAGAAUACUGUUCAUUUUAUUGCACUUGUUAGCUUUAUCAUUACAUGUAAUAGUAUUUCAGUAAAUUUAUAGGUGCUAUUUAAAUGUUCAUGGUUAAAUUGUGAUAAAACAUUGCUUAAUGGAUGGCAUACAGAACUUCAUGUACCCCACCCACAGCUGCCCACCUUUCAUGUGUGUAAAGCGCUUAUAAUGUUAAUUUCCAGAAUUUAUUUCCUUUUUAGAGAUACUGUAGUAUUGUAUACACUCACACUUUUAACAAAAUAAGGUUGUGUUGAAAUUUUUAUGCCACUGUAUUUUAAAAAAAUAUUUUAAUUUACUUUUCAAUGAUUUAAUUGUUCCACAGUUUUUGUGCCAAAGUACUGAUUCUUACAACCAUUCCCUGUAAAAAUCAAAUUGUUCCUUUUACUAGGUAAUGUUGUAGUUGUACUGCCUAUAAUUUGACGUAUGUUACAACAUUUUUAGAAAAAUAUAAAAAGGAUAACUUUAGAAUAGUUCACUUUUAUUGUAAAAUAAAAAAAAAAUGACUGAAGGCAUACUUUUUGUUAAUUUAGCUUACUGUAUUUUGAUGGCUUUUAUAAGGAAGUAUGUGACUAAAUAUUGCAUAUUUUUGAGAUGGUCCCCCAAAAUGGAAUACUGAGGACUUAUGGCUAAUAUCUACUUACAACCAUGUAGUGAUGUUUAUAAGGUGCCAUAGACACAGGCAUGCAUAAAAUACAUGACAUAUUUCUUUUGGAAAUAAUUCUUUGUUUUAUUUUGUUUUGUGUUAAAGUAAAGUUUUAGUUACAUAAGAUACAAAAAAAACAGGAACUUAUUUCUUAACAUUUUUUGUAUAUUUAAAGGUUGUUUUUAAAACGUUUUACUUUCAUCACAGAAAAGGUACAUGGAGCACCUAGUGAAAUAAAGCAGUUAAAAACAGUAUUCUAUUUUUCUUGAAAGUUAGUUUUUCUACAGAGUUGUUUCUUGUUUGUUAAACAUAUACUUUUUCUUCCAAGUUUUUUAUUAAUUGAGGCUAAGCUACGUUGUUUUCUUGAUUUUACAUAAUUAACAUUUAGCCUGCUGGCGGCAAGUGAUUCUGCCUUUACAACCGGUGCAGACUGCACAUCCAUGCAGGCUGAUCAUGGUCUGCACUGUUCGCUAUUCAUUCAGUAAAUUUUCAGUAAACACCCCUUUGAUGAACAAGUGGUACUGCUCAAAUUAAAAGGUGGACCAGUCCAUUUAAGAAAUUUAGCAGGUUAAAGUAGUUACUUAUCCACUAUUUAUGAUUGUUACAGAAAGCUCUAUGCUACAUUUACAGCCAAAGUAUCCCAAAAUAUUUUAGCAUAUGAGAAUAUCUAAUGGCAUGAAAAUUUCCUGUAUCUUUGAAAACAGUUAACAUAGAAACUCGGCUAAACCCAUAAAGAAUUAAGAGAAAAAUCGUUUCUGUUACCCUAGCAGCCAAAAAAAGAUGUUAAGUUUUAAUUGUUAAUUCAAAGUUUUUAGGUGUUGUUUGAAUGUAGAAAUCUGAACAGAUCUCUUUAUUUACAACCAUCUGACCUCAGAGACCCAAGUGUCUUAAACUGCUAUUAAUAAAGUGCUUCCUAAAUCAAGGUAUCAAUAUGUAUUACAUUAAAAAGCCUGGUUGUAAGGAAACUACAGAACUCUGAACCAAAAUAUUGUUGUGAAUACCUCACAGUGUACAUUGGUUAAUUGCAAAGUCUGAUCUUUUUUGCAAAAGGUGAAAAAGAACUAUUUGUAGAUAUACUGUAAAAUCAUUUAAUUUCGUGGGCAUGAAAUUUCAUGGAUUUGGUCUAAACGGCUAUUUCUUGGGGAUUUGGUCUAAAUGCCUAUUUCGUGGGGAUAUGAAUUUGUGGAUUUCCAAUUUUGAACAUAAAAUGAAUUGGAAUUUUACUUGUUUGUUGGGAUUAAAUUUUGUGGAUUUACUUAACCAUGAAAUCUAUGGACAUUGGUCCCCCAUGAAUAUUAAUGAUUUCACAGUACAUGAAGACAUACUUUUAAGAACAUGACUGUGGGCUAAGUUCCUUACAACCAGAUAUUGUUCUAAAAAUGUUGUGUUAUAUUAUUUCAUAAUUACAAAUUAUACAAUUAUGGUUGUGAUUAGGUUCUACUUCUCUCAGUAAAUCAAAAACAAGUUGUUUGUCAUUAUUUCUACUUAAAUAUAAACUUUAUUGUUUUAAUUUAUCCUCUUUUUUUGUACAAAGAAGUUAGUCUUUUAAAAAACGUUUUUGCCAUUUUAGCAGAUUUUAACAAUAUAUACAUACAGUCCAACCUAUAUUAAGCAGCCAACCAAGGGUUCACCACUAUUUGCCUACUUAAGGCAAGUGGCUUCUUAAAAUAAGUUGAAUUAGAAAGUCAAUUUGGGAAGUUAAGUGUCUUGCUGGUUAAGGCAAGUGGCUGUUUAAUACAGGUGGCUGCUGUGACAAGUUUAACUGUAUUCUAUGUAAAACAGUACUGGUACUGUUUGAACAGUUUAAAAUGUCAAAUGCAUCUUUUGCAUGAGUUUCUUAACCCUUAGCCUGCUGGCGGCAAGUGAUUCUGCCUUUGCGACCAGUGAAGACCAAGAUCAGCCUGCACAUCCGUGCAGUCUGAUCAUGGUCUGCACUGUUCGCUAUUCAGUCAGUAAUUUUUCAGUGAACACCCCUUUGAAUAAUAAGUGGUAUGGCCCAAAUUGAAUGAUGGACCGGUCCAUUUUAGAUAUUUAGCAGGGUAAGGGUUAAGUAGAACUAAAAAAUGUGGCCUGUUAAUGAUAAAAGUUACUUGUAGUAUCCAGUUUUGUUUCUCUUGUGAUAAUCUUUUAAAUAAUAGAAUUGUUUUAAUCAAUGUUGUAUUUUCAAGUUGCCAUGUUUUAUUGUUUAUACAUGUAUUUUUUCUAUGUUUUAAUACUAGUACUUGGUUCUUGAUACAAGGCUAAAUUAAGACAAUGAUUUGUUUCUCUAGUCUUUAAAUAGGACAUGAGAAUUUUAUCAACAAUUAUGUAUGACCUAAAACAAUUUUUUUCUUGUUCAAAGUUAACAAAAGGCAAGGUUGUGCCAUUCAUGUUGUGAUGUCGACUAAAGCAGACAGCAUGCUUUCAAAUCAAAUGUUAAAGUUGUGUUUUGUGCUCAUUUGUAAUGUUUGUUGUGAUAUUUUUGUUUAUUAUGGUGACAUGACUUUCUAAUAAAAUAAUUUAGACUGUGAUCUAGGAACUAACGUAGGUCAGUACACAAUAUUGGUAACCAGUGUAUCCUUUUGAUGUAAUUUCAUUUUGGAAUUUUUAAAGACUUUUUUUCCAUGAAAAGUUUCAGAAAAAAAAACAAAUAAAAUGAAUCUUACAUUAUUACUGUAUUAUACUUCUAAAAGUUCUUUAUCUUUUUGUAAAUUAAUGCUUUCUUUUAAAUAAUUUCUAAUAGGGCCUUUAAUCAAUGCAUAAAAACAGUUGUUUGCAUAUUUGCCAAAUAUGCAGCUGUUUUGCUAUUAAUCUUGGUGAGUGAAGUGGGGUACAAGUUUUAAUACUUAUUUUUUUUCUGUAAUUGUCCUUAGGUUGCAUUAAGUUCUGGGUUUGAGGUUAUAAAAUCAAGUUUGGAGACCAGUCUGCAAGUACAAGCAUCUCAUUGGUUCAUUUUGAUGUCAGUUUUGAAAUUGACUAAUGAGAAGCCUGCAUUAUCAGACUGGUUCCCAAAUUUAGUUUUGUAAAUCAGUAUUGCAAUGGAUGUAUGCAUGAAUUUUGAAGUACUAUAUUUACACUGGUCAUUGUGUAACCUAAACAUUUUUUGCAAGUUCUGUUACUAUGUUUCAUUCCUGUUAAAUUAUUUUCUGGUAGUUAAGAAGUCCGUUUAGUUUAUUCAGUAGGUAGCUCACUUCACACACCUUGACCAUACACAGCGCUUUAACUACAUACAUGCAUAUGUGUAAUGAUUAUUUUUAUGAUAAAUCUUGUGUUCAGUUGCAUUUGAUCAUUUGUGUAAUAUAAUCAUCAUAUCAGAUUCCAUUGUUCUAUAUAUAGAUCUGAUGUCUAGAUUUGAUUGAACUAAUAUUAAUAUAAAUGUCAUAUUGUUUUGCAUCAAAUGUUGUUUAGUUAAAUUGAUGAUAAAAUAUUGAGAAUUUUGUAAAUUAAAAAAUUAAAUUAUGACAAA